AUGCAUUUAAAGCUGAGUAUUCCGAAAAUAUAUUGUGUCAAUACCAAAUACUGUACCGAUAUCGAGCUGGUACGAGCACAUUCCCAACUAAAACAGUAUGAACAGAAGUUUCAUUCAAGACUGAAAGCUAAAAACUUGAUGUAUGUUCGACAGAUUUUGUUUGUGUUAUCAAGUUUAAUCAAAUGUCUUGGAGGUAAUACUGAUCUGCCUGCAGAUAAACAGCACAUUGGAAAGCCAGAAACCAAGCUGUUGACGGUGAAUAACUUCCUGUUUGAUGCUAAACUGGACAAUAUGAAUCUAUUUAAAGUGCUGCACUAUUGCCACAAAAGUAUGAUCAGUCGAAAGUUGCAUGGUUUUGUUGAAAAGUAUGAAAUUGGUGAUGUUGUGCCUGUUGCAGUUGCUGAAAAAGAUGAACAUUCAAGGUCUGGUGUCUCUAAAUUUCUGCAAGAGAUUCAACAAAAUAGAAAUACAGCGGCCACUAAAGAAAAUACAGCUGCUGUGAUUGUCAAAGAUCCGGAAGUGACCUUAAACUUCAGCUCUCCUUUAAUGCACAUUGAAGGUUUUCUGAAAGCUCUGACUAACGCAGACAAAGAUGGCCGAAUCGUGUUCACUCGACAAGCUCUAUUCAGUCAGUCAACUCUCAAGUUUCUGCUGCUCAACCCGGCUGUUCACUUUGCCAGUGUCCUGACCGAGGCCCGGGCUGUUAUAGUGGCUGGAGGGACCAUGCAACCUUUGUCGGAAUUUAAAGAACAGUUAUUUUAUGCUGCAGGAGUCAAACCUGAAAGAAUUGUGGAAUAUUCAUGUGGUCACGUGAUUCCAUCGAGUAAUCUCUUACCCAUGUCCAUUAGUUGUGGACCUUCUGGAGUAGAACUAGAUUUCACCUUCCAGUCGAGAGAGAACCCUGUAUUGCUUGAUGAACUUGGUCGACUAAUUGCUAAUAUCAACAAUCUUGUUCCUGGUGGAGUCGUUUGUUUCUUCCCAUCCUACGAAUAUGAAGGAAAAGUGUAUGCACAUUGGGAAAAGACUGGGUUUCUUAACCGACUGUCUGCUAAAAAGAAGGUAUUUCGUGAACCAAAGAAGACUACACAACUAGACCAGGUUUUGAUUGAAUAUUCUCAGUGCAUUCAGAAAUGCAAGUCGUGGCCUGGCAGCACCCUGACCGGUGCUAUCCUGCUGUCUGUUGUUGGAGGGAAGAUGAGUGAAGGGAUCAAUUUUUCUGAUGACCUUGGAAGGUGUGUCAUCAUGGUUGGUCUUCCAUAUCCGAAUAUCAAGUCUCCAGAACUGAAGGAAAAGAUGGACUACCUGAAUGCUAAUUUUCCAAGAGACAGUGCAAAUAGACUUCCAGGACAAGUUCACUAUGAGAACUUGUGUAUGAAAGCUGUCAACCAGUCUAUAGGAAGGGCAAUACGCCACAAGGAUGAUUAUGCUACAAUUUUGCUUCUAGAUCGACGUUACAAUCGUCAGAAUGUUGGAUCCAAGUUACCAAAGUGGAUUGGUGAUCAUCUCAUCAAAUUGGACAAAUUCGGUCCAGCAAUGGCAAACAUUGCAAAGUUUUUUUCAGAGAAGAAAGAAACAAGGUGAAGGUACUCCACUAAGAAGAGAGAAAUCUAUCUGCAACACCAGAAGAUUUUACUGUCAGUUUCUAAAUUAAACAUUAAACUGUUUACCGUGAUUACUAAAAUGAUAGUUAAACUAAUCAAAAUGUUCAGGAAAUCACCUAAGAGGAACUAUAAUUUUGAAACGUACCAAUGGAAGUCUUCGCCAUGAGCAAAUCACGGUGAGCUGAAGAUCAGUCCUGAAAUGGUGCUGGACGAGCAGUCGCAUGAAGUUUCAAAUAAAACAUAUUAAAAAUUUCAUGACAAGGUGAUCAAUUUGCCACUCUUCUAACAUUUUCUAGGGGUGUUGUGAUCACAUUUUUUUAAAUAACUCGUUUAACGUAGGCCUACAGUUAGUUGAAUUGAUAGUGAUGGUUGGGGCAUUGACAUUCACGUGGUAUUUUUAAUUCAACAAUUAUGUAACCAGUCUCCCUCCCUCAUCAGUUUGUAACACAUCAUUUGACCUACCACUACCAGUUACGAACGGCUACGACAUAUGUUGUCACCGUUACGUUAUUGAUCUAGAACAGUCCCAGUGUUAUUGAUAAAAAAAUACUCCGACAAAAUCGGUCUUUACAAAGGAUUUAUUCUAAAGAUGGGAUGCCAUAAUAAAGAUAAUCUAAAAACAAUCAUAAUUUUAGACACCAUCAAAAAUGUGGCGUAACAAGUUGACAAGUAGACCAGCAUGUGCUUGCAGCCAGAGUUCCAAGAGUAAAAAUAAUCUGACCCCGAUAGAUCUGAUUGGUCAAUAUGCCACAGAGUACUGCGCAUCAAAUCAUGUUCCAGUCACAUGGUCUGUGAUUUUCCAACAAACGUAUUGAAACAAACAAAAAUUAAAUAGUCAGCUAUGAUCAUUGAUUAGUUACUAUAUUGUGUACAUAUAUACAUAUAUAAAUAAGAGAUGUACAUUCAUUAACCUCGGUUGAAAUACAAAUAUUUAAAUGAAGUUUUAUUUUAUUUUAUUUUAAAGAGAAAAAAAAAGAAGAGAAAAAUAAUAGACGUAAAAACAAUACUUUUUUUGUAAACGAGACCUAGGCCUAUUCCUACAUACCUGUUAUCAUUUAUUUCCCUGCUUUUUAUUAUCAGUCUACUUUUGAAUUGUCUUCGUCUAUAUUUCAUUUCUUUUUUAAAGAAACUAGAACGUUACACGCUUGCCAUUUUCGGGACCUCAUGACGUAAGCUUUUUAGGCCAACAGUUCAUUUGUGUAGGCUACAGAAGCCACUAUUUAAUUCAAUUCCUUUUUUCAUUACUAUAUGAACAGUAUAAAUGAGUUAGCUUUAUCAAAAGUGGACUGUUUCGAAUUAAUAAUAAAUUGAAUAGGCAAAGGAGUUUUGAUCAGAUUGGUACGUCUUCGAAGAUGUCUAUUAAACCAGUGUUUUCCAAUUUGUAUAGCAAAGUCAUAUAUUAAAAGCUUGCAUGGACGCUAUCGUUCAUGUCACUUUUUUUCUGGUAUUAUUAAAUAGGUCUUUCAUAAAGUAAAUGGUGGCAAUCAGUAGAUAUACACAAUUAUUUUAAGUGUGUUAUUUUUCACACUCGCCAGAUUGAAAUUAUGUGCGCUGUACGAGCGCAAUCGCAUUCGCAUACCUUAAAAGACAAGGUCUGCAUAUACAUGCAUAUGUAUUUAUUAUUUUUAAAAACCUUCAAUCGGAUUUCGGUGUUCAUCACUUUGAAAACGAACAGCUCUGCUGGAUGAAAUGGUUGGCUUUGACCUAAGACCUUGGAGACCAGUUGUUCAAAGGCCAUUAUUGUUUGUCAUAUGAUGAAUUAUAUAAGUGUUAUGUA